AUAAAUGUUAUUAAUAAAAAGAAUUAGUGAUAAAAUCAACAUAGGAAUGAGAUAAACGUUUGGGUUAGAGACUAUAUUCAAAAUAAAGUUUAUAGUUAAACUGGAGAAUAUGGGAGGUCAAAAAAGAAUAAUCCUUUGGUGUAUUCCCCGCACCUGUUCUACGGCAUUCGCAAGAUCCAUAGUGACAUUGAAGAAAGUUCAGUAUCUUAAUGAGAAGUACUUUAAGCCAUUCUAUGUUGGUGAGGAGAGGAAAUCUAAGCGCUAUGACGACGUGUCCGACACCUUUUCAGAGUGCUUUACAUACAAGGAAACUAAAGAAAUUUAUGAGGAAGAGUACCCAGAUUUUGAAAUCAUAUUUGCAAAGGAGAUGGCAAUGUAUCUUGGAGAUUUAGUUGACAAAUGGGAGAACAUUCCCUCUGGUUACCGGCACACUUUUAUUAUCAGAGAACCCUCAAUCACGGUACCCUCCCUCUACAAGUGUCUCACAGAUAAAGAAAGAAAUGGGACUGAUUAUUUUGACCCUAUGGAGGCAAGCUUUGAACCAAUACAUCAGUUAUUCCACUUAGUGAAAGAACAGCAAGGCAGCACUCCUGUUAUUAUCAACACUAAGGACCUCCUAGAUAAUCCAGAAGCUGUAAUGAAGCAGUACUGUGAAAAAACUGGACUUGAAUAUUCCCCGAAAAUGUUACAUUGGGAUGCGGGCCCAGUAGAGGGUACUACAUGGCACAAAUACCCAGGUUGGCAUGGUGAACUAGUAAAGAGUAAUGGCUUUAAAACUGCUGAUCAACUUGAAGAUGUCAUUAAUUUGGAUGAAAUGCCAACAGAGGUUCAUGAGUGUAUAAAAGAAAAUCAAACGUAUUAUGAUGAACUGAAGAAAUAUUGUCUGAAAAUAUGA